CGCCCGGGCGGGAGGACGCCCAGCAGGGUGGCGCGGGCCGGGGCCGGGGCAGCCGCUUCCCGAAGAUGCAGGAUGGCAGCAGAGCCGCCGCCGUCCAGCCUCUCCUACCGCACCACGGGCUCCACCUGUCUGCACCCGCUCAGCCAGCUCCUGGGCAUCCCACUGGACCAGGUGAAUUUUGUGGCGUGCCAGCUCUUUGCUUUGUUUGCUGCUUUCUGGUUUCGCAUCUACUUAAGUCCUGGUAAAACUAGCUCUGAUGUCCGGCAUGCGGUUGCCACCAUCUUUGGCAUCUACUUUGUCAUCUUUUGUUUUGGCUGGUACUCCGUGCAUCUUUUUGUGCUGGUGUUAAUGUGCUAUGCAAUCAUGGUCACUGCAAGUGUGUCCAAUAUUCACAGAUACUCCUUUUUUGUAGCAAUGGGAUACCUUACAAUAUGCCACAUCAGCCGCAUAUACAUCUUCCACUAUGGAAUUCUCACUACGGAUUUUUCUGGGCCUCUGAUGAUUGUCACUCAGAAGAUCACAACCUUGGCAUUCCAAGUUCAUGAUGGGUUAGGUCGAAGAGCUGAAGACCUCUCUGCUGCACAACAUCGACUUGCUGUAAAAGUGAAACCCUCUUUUUUGGAGUACUUGAGCUACCUUCUCAAUUUCAUGAGUGUCAUAGCUGGCCCUUGUAACAAUUUCAAGGACUACAUAGCCUUCAUUGAGGGGAGACAUACACAUAUGAAGUUGCUGGACAUGAACUGGAAGCAAAAAGGUUUCCACAGUUUGCCAGAACCUUCUCCCACUGUAAGUGUUUAG